AGCGCCGGCGUCGGCAGGGCGCCGGAUGCCGCGGAACCGCAGCGAGCGCGGCCGUGGCGGCGCCUCGCCCAGAGCGGCCCCCGCCGGCCCUUCGGGUCGGGGCUGCCCUCCCCGCGUCCGGAACGGGCUCCCCGCUCCCCGAGGCCUCCGGGGCGCUUUCUCCGAGCUCCUUGGAGAUUAUUUUAGGAAGAAAACCAACUGGAAGAAUCAAUGAAGUUCCUUCUUUUCAUAUCUGUUGGUGUUGUUCACCUUUUCUCCCUGAAUUCUGGGAAAGCGAUCUAUAAGAAUGACAUCUCUCAGAGGACUUUUCAAGAAGUAAAAGAAGAAAUAGCCCACUAUGGAGAUGUUGCUAAAGCAAUCAUCAACCUUGCUGUGUAUGGUAUAGCCCAGAACAGAUCCUAUGAGCGAUUGGCACUUCUGGUUGAUACUGUUGGACCCAGACCAAGUGGCUCCAGGAGCCUGGAAAACGCCAUCCAAAUCAUGUACCAGAACCUGCAGGAAGAUGGGCUGGAGAAUGUGCACUUGGAGCCGGUCAAGAUACCCCACUGGGAAAGGGGAGAAGAAUUUGCUGUGAUGCUGGAGCCAAGGAUUCACAAGAUAGCUAUUUUGGGUCUUGGUAGCAGCAUUGGGACUCCCCCAGAAGGCAUUACGGCAGAAGUUCUGGUGGUGACCUCUUUCGAGGAACUGCAGAGAAGGGCCCCAGAAGCAAGAGGGAAGAUUGUUGUUUAUAAUCAACCUUAUGUCAGCUACUCGAAGACAGUGCAGUACCGGGUCCAGGGGGCAGUGGAAGCUGCCAAAGUGGGGGCUUUGGCAUCCCUGAUUCGAUCAGUGGCUUCCUUCUCCAUCUAUAGUCCUCACACAGGUAUUCAGGAAUACCAAGAUGGUGUGCCAAAAAUCCCAACAGCUUGUAUUACAGUGGAAGAUGCAGAAAUGAUGUCAAGAAUGGCUUCUCGUGGGAACAGAAUUGUUAUUCAGCUGAAGAUGGCGGCAAAGAACUACCCAGAUGCUGAUUCCUUCAACACUGUAGCAGAGAUCAUUGGUAGCAAGUACCCAGAGCAGGUUGUACUGGUCAGUGGACAUCUGGACAGUUGGGACGUUGGGCAGGGUGCCAUGGAUGAUGGUGGCGGAGCCUUUAUAUCAUGGGAAGCCCUCUCACUUAUUAAAGAUCUUGGGCUGCGACCAAAGAGGACUCUGCGUUUGGUGCUCUGGACUGCAGAGGAACAAGGUGGAAUCGGUGGCUUCCAGUAUUACCAGUUACACAAGGCAAAUAUUUCCAACUACAGCCUGGUGAUGGAGUCUGAUCAGGGAACCUUCUUACCCUCUGGGCUGCAAUUCACUGGCAGUGAAAAGGCCAGGGCCAUCAUGGAGGAGGUCAUGAGCCUGCUGCAGCCGGUCAAUAUCACACAGGUCUUUAGGGCUGGAGAAGGGACAGACAUUAACUUCUGGAUCCAAGCUGGAGUGCCUGGAGCCAGUCUACUUGAUGACCUCUAUAAAUAUUUCUCCUUCCAUCACUCCCAUGGAGACACCAUGACUGUCAUGGAUCCAAAGCAGAUGAACGUGGCUGCUGCUGUUUGGGCUGUUGUCUCUUACGUCAUCGCGGACAUGGAGGAAAUGCUGCCCAGGUCUUAGCAAGAACAGGAAAGAAAGCACUUUCGUCCUUUCUGGCCAGGAAUGCUGGGUCUGCAGCUUCAGGAAGUCCCUCUUCAACUAACACUUUCUUCUCACCUGAUCCAUUUUCAAAGCACAGUACUUUCUCAUACUUUCUGUUACCAUCCUUCUUGAUACUUUCCAAAUUCUCUGUUUCUAGAGGACGAAAUGAUCCUCACCCCCACAUAGAGUCAAAAUAUGGUAGGGAUCACAGUGAGGACCUUUAUUUAUACCACCUGAAAAAUUAUUGUUUCUACUUUGAAAGUAAAUACUGGAUAAAUAUUUGGAAGAUCUCUGGGUUUUAUGUGUGUAUUGAUGAACAUUAAAUCAAAUGCAGUGAUACCAAUUUUCAUGUUAUUUAUUGAAGGAGUUGAGGACUACGCAAUUGUAGUAUGGUCUUAGUUGAAUGUGUGGAGGCACUUGGCUUUCUAAUUUGUACAUUUUCAUCUCAUUAGAAUUUUUAAAAUGAAAUGUGAAUUUUUUUUAAUUAACAGGAAAAAAAGAUGUCACCAUUUGAAGAUAAAAAUCAAGUGUGUAUAAUCUAGUUGCCUUGUUAAACGUAAUGACUAAGGUCUAUCACCAGGCAAGUGAUAGUAAUAUUUGACAUUUAUGUUUUAUAUAUUUCACACAAUAUUUCUAUGAAGUUGGAGCUUAUUCCCAUUUUGCUGUUAAUGGAGUUGAGGCCCAGUGAGGCUAAAUAAUACUUAUAGGACCCAAUAGAGCAAAAACAUUGAUCCUCGUCCACUCUGGGAACAAUACCUACUAUUCUUCCACACACAAUGUCCAGUAUUUAAUUAAAAAAAAAAAUUUUAAAAACUGCAAGAAAAAAAUAAAUGCAUUGUCAAGAGUUAAAGCAAGUAAGAGAGCCAGACUAAAAGAUGACCUGGAACUAUCAGAGGGGACUCUGACAUAACUGCAAUUGAUACAUUAAAGAUCUAGAACUACAUGUAUGAACAGAAGAAUUUCAACAGAGAGAUGAACACUAUAAAAGAGUCAAAUGUCAAUGCCAAAAUAAAAAAUAUAGUGUCAGAGAUGAAGCAUUUCCUAGUUGGGUGUUUUAGCAGACUGAACAAGGCUGAGGAAAGAAUGGAUGAACUUGAAUAUAGGUCGAUAAAAAUUGCCCAAACUAAAACAGGAAGGGAAGAAAUAGUGAAGGAAAACAAACAAGCACCAGAAUGGAGCUUCCAAGAGUUGCGAUCUAAUAUGUAUGUGGUCUAAUAUACAUGUCAUUGGGUAUCAAGGGACCUAACAUACAUGUAAUUGAAUUUCCAGAAGGAGAAGACAAAGUAUCAGUUUUAUUAAUGGUAAUAAUUAAAAGGAUUGACAGACACAGUAUGUCUUUCUUUCUGGCAAGGCAGCAAACUGGUACUUUGACGCUUACACUGAAAACCAAAAAUUCUGGAUACCAUCUGAGAAACGGUUUCUUAAAUGUAUGAGUUAACUGGUUAAAAGGUAAAGAAUAUUAGACAAAAAAUUAACUGAAGGCAAGAAGCAAGAGGGAGACACAGAACAUUAAACCACCUUUCUCUUUGAGAAAAUUUGCAGAAGGUGGUGAACUACACUUCCAUUUUCGCUGCUUUUCAGGGUUCAGAGGACUGUAGACAAAUCCCAAAGCCUGCCAUAUUAAGGAUACUAGAGACCCCCCAAUAAAAUUGAGACCUCAAAGGAUUAUACCUCAAUACUAUGGUGAACUAAAAAUAAAUUUGAAGACUGCAAAGAAAAUUACCAUUAUUGAAUAAGUGCUGAGUGGAGGGUCCGAAGAAAUUCCCAUAGAUAAAGUUAACAAUAAUAUGAACUCACAGUCAAAAGAAAAAAAACUAAAAAAACAAAAAACAAAAAGAAAGACCCAUAACAUUCUGAGCAAAAACAAACUAAAAAAACAAACCAUAAUUAACCUGCAGUGUCCUCUGAUACUGGAAUUUUUAGAUUGAGAAUUUUCUAAACUCUAUUAUGUUUAAGGAAGUAAAAGAAGAGAUUGAAAAUUGAGUGAGAGAGCACAGGGCUAUAAAAAGUGAACAGGCAUAUUGUAAAAAAAAAAUAACAACAACAAACAGAACUUCAAGAAAUAUAGACAACUGGAAGUGAAAUUUAAAAAUUAGAGAGUUGGGCGCCUGAGCAGCUCAGUUGUUAAGCGUCUGCCUUUGGCUCAGGUCAUGAUCCCAGGUUCCUGGGAUCGAGCCCCGCAUCGGACUCCCUCCUCAGCGGGAAGCCUGCUUCUCCCUCUCACACUCCUCCUGCUUGUGUUCCUGCUCUCGCUCUCUCUCUUUCUGUCAAAUAAAUAAAUAAAAUCUUUAAAAAAAUAUUAGAGGGCCAGUUUAACUGCAGAUGAGAGAAUUCAUGAACCAAAAGAAUAGUGAAGAAACUAAUGAGAAUUUAUCACAGAAUGAAAAAGAUAUGGAAAAUAUGAAUGAAAGGUUAAGAAAUGUGAAAGGUAGUUAGAUCAUCUAAUAUAUAUUUAAUCAGGGUUGCAAAAAAGAAAAAGUAGGACAAAGAAUUAUAAUAAAUGAGAAAAAAUAAUAUAGAACAUGAGAAUAAGAAGAAAUAAUAAAUGAAAAUCUUCCAGAAAUAAUGAAUUAGAUCAGUUCACACAGUCAAGAAGUCCAGUGAAUCCCAAACAGCAGAAAUGAGAAGAAAUCUACACUAAGACAUAUUGUAGAGAAACUGUAGACCGCAAAAGUGAAGAUCUUUGAACCAAGAGAAAAGAGAUAAAUUAUUUUAAAAGGAGCAACAAUUAAUAAUAGCUAACUUCUUAAUAAUAGCAACAGUGCAAGUCAGAAGACAUUGGAAAGGUAUCUUCAACAUGCUAAGAGACAAAUUUGUCAACCUAAAAAUUCUAUGCUCGGAAGUAUCAUUCAAGAACGAGAACAAAAGAAGGAUAUUUUCAGGCAAAUAAAAACAGAGAGUUUACCACCAGCAGACCUUCACUAAAGGAAAUGUGAAAAUGUGUACUCCUGGCAAAACUCAAAUGUCCUAGAGUGAAGACAAGAAAUGAAGAGUGUUGGCUCCACAUGAAAGAUCAGUGAUCUUUUAGGCCCAACUACAAGGCAAUUACAAGGACUUUGCCUGGCAGGCCUCACAGGGGAAAGCUAUCCUCCUCAUGCAAGACUUGGUACACAGCUGGUGCAUUAUAGUUUUCUGAAGGGAGUUGCAGUCAAGGACUCAGGACCUCUGGGCCAGCCAUGCUUAUAAACAUAUCUGCAUUCCAAGCCCAACAUCUCCAUUCAGAGGCCUUCUUUUUGGGAAUCUUGACUAAGAUACUUUUGUCUACUGUGACUCAGUUCUUUCCACUCUGGCCCUUUCCCCACCCUCUCUCCCCCCUGGCUCCACCCCAAGUUCAUAAAAUGGCAGGAGUCUUUUGUUCAGAGCUCUUUGGCAGUUAAGAUUCUCCUCCAUCUGUGCUGAUUCACCUGACUCUUGCCUGGCACCAUUCUGUGGGGGAAAAUGGAACAUUGGGGAACUGGUGUCUAUAUUUGCAUCUUGUUUACACUGUCUCAGUAAGUAGUAAAGGCAUUAUUGUUAAUAUCAUUUUGGCUAAUUGUACUAAUCGAUCACCUCAGCCUGGCAGCUCAAUAGAAAUUAAGAGCAAAGAAAGUAGCAAACAUUUUAAACAAACAUGAACUAAAUUAAAUAACACAAUAAUCUAGAAUUUGAAAAGGAACAAGUUGCUUGGCUAGAAUAGCAUAUAAAUAAAAAGGGAAGUUACAGGAAUUAGUGUUCUAAGGUCCUUGUAUUUCUCUAGAAGAUAAUAGAGAUACUGUUUAACUUUAGGUUUUGCUAAGUUAAAUAUAAAGUUUAGGUUUUCAAGUGUAACCACAAAAAAAUAGAGGUAGGAUGUAAAACCACAGAACAAUCUCCCAAAAAAAUGGAGUAAGAAAAAAAAAAGGCUCAAUAAAUUUACUAUCAUAUUCAGUGACCACAAUGGGCUAAUCAACUAAAAAAAUAGAAGUUUGGAAAAUAAGUGACUUAAUGAAAAAAUGACCACUAAGUGACCCAUGAGCCACAGAAGAAAUCAUAAUUGAAAUUAAAACAUUUCUACAACUGGGGGCGCCUGGGUGGCUCAAUCAGUUAAGCGACUGCCUUCGGCUCAGGUCAUGAUCCUGGAGUCCCGGGAUCGAGUCCCGCAUCGGGCUCCCUGCUCGGCGGGGAGCCUGCUUCUCCCUCUGACCCUCCCCCCUCUCAUGAGCUCUCUCUCUCUCUCUCAUUCUGUCUCAAAUAAAUAAAUAAAAUUUAAAAAAAUUUUUUCUACAACUGAAUAAUAGCAUACAUACACACACACACACCCAAAAACACCUCCAUAUCAGAACUUGCAGAAUUCAAGUGAGGGAGGGGUGAGGAGACCCUCUGCAGAUCUCUAGCAUUCUCACUCUGUGAGCCUCUCUCCUAAGAGUGUAUCCUGCGAACUCUAGCUACCUUGGCCUUCCAGAAAUAUUCAGAUCCCUCUCCUCAACUCACAGUGGGCUGGGCUCUGCUUGGGUUUCCCUUCUCUGAACUGGAACUGGAACUCUUAAAGCAGUAAUCUCAGGGAAGAAUGGAGCUCACCUCAUUUGUUUUCUGUCUCUUGGGCACCAUUGUCCUCAUUUCCUGAUGUCCACUAUCUUGUUUCAUACAUUUUAUUUGGAUUUUUAAUUGGUUAAUACCCAAAGACAAGUCUGGUCCUUGUUACUCUGCUUGGUCACAAGUGCGUAUUAGGUCAGUAAUUUCUGUCCAAUGUAUACAAUCAUAUUCAUUUUAUGUUUUGUACAUUUUGAUUCAUUCUUUUCUCACUAUUUGAUUCCAGUUUGGGAAUGUGGAUUCUCAGGGAUUUCAUGAACUGCCCAAAAAUGAGAUUAAAAAUAAAUGGCAUCUAUGAAUUAUCAGAGCCCAUUGCCCAUAUCCUAGAAAUGGCUCUUAGGAAGUGGAUCUUAUUACAUCUCCUUGCCUUUCCCCAGAGAGUUGUUUAUUUCCCUGGGGGCAAAAAAAAAAAGAAAAUAAAAAUUAAAAUAAGAAUUACGUAGGGCCAAAUGGUAGCAGAAAUGGCCCUACCAUUUCCUAACUGGUCCCCUUACUGGAGGAGUAUAGAGGGGCUGGGUUGGGAGACAAUGUGAAUAUGUGCAGGCAGGGGAGUGUAUUGGUGAGUGUGGUUAUCAGUAGCACCAACAAUAUAGGAGAAGUACAUGGGAGUUGGAAAAAUAGAAGGGUGGAAGAAGGAAGAUGAGUAGAAACUCAUGACAACCUGCACAUCGUAAUUGCUUAGGUCUACCAGACAGCCAUGGAGCCUGGCACAUGCUAUUGAAUAACUAGAGCUAUAGGAAUUUUUUAGUAGAAUUAUCCUAUUUUCCAUAAAUUGUUGUAAAAGGAAUUGUUCAUCUGCUAAGAAAUGGUGUAUCAUUUGAGUGGUGGCCUAUUUUCCUGCGCAUGCAGCAGCUUUCCAAUUUGACUUCAGGGUCAAGUUGCUUUUCUGAUUCAUUUGGCUGAGUAGACUUAAGUGCAAAUUGAGAAGAGAAACCCAUUUAAAUAUUGUAAAAUGUGAAAAGGAUGAAUUCUGCAACAGAAAAAGGAGGGGAUUCAGGGAAAGGAGGUCGACUGCUGAUUUUGCCCUUGACAUUGUUAGGAUGUGGCUUCAAGGGUUCUGAUUCAUCUGCGAAUGAUUUGGAGUUUGGGUUCCCCGGAGUGUUCCACCUUCCUCACAAUAAUUACACUAAUGAUACCAAGAGUGUUUUGAAAAUCCUCAUGCUUCUACGCUGCAUACAUUUCAUCGCCACACAGUCCUAUUUGCUUAGUAUGCUCCCUUCAUAAUAAUUUGAGAUGCUUCCCAUUUACCUUGAGUAAAUAUCAAACAGAUCUUGAUAUCUAUAUCUGUCUCAUGAAAUAUACAUUCUCUCUAACUAUGCCCAAAUGAUUAAUUUACUGCUAUGUGAUGAUUAGCAUAAAAAUCUCAUCAUGACACGAGAUAGAAAUGUUAUCACUAAUUGCUGUUUGAAGUGAAGAAUGUUUUUUGCAUAGAAAUAAAUGAUGCAUGCUUACUUCUUAAUUCUCUGUUAAACCAGAAAACCCAAGACUGUUUUUGGAGUGGAAAGAAAUUACCUUUGAAGUUUUGUUUUGUUUUGUUUUGUUUCUUUUCUCUCCCUUAGAUGGUCCACAGUUCAGCAGAGAAAUGGCGGAAAGCAAUUGUUAUGGAAUUUUGUACACAAAAUGAGAUAGGUGAACUCAAUUCUCAUAAAACAGGCCUUCCAAUCAAUCAAUCACUCAACUUCAGGCAAAGACCUCUUUCCUGGACAUUAAGGCCUCCCUGUGGCCCUGAAACUUGCCAAGUAAACACUCAGAUAUUUGCAGCGUAUCCCAAGGGUGCUCAAGUUCUUCAGAGAACCUGAUGUUCUUAAUCUCAUUGGUGGUCAUUCUGGGUCUGCUCAAGCAGCCACACAACUAUCUAUAGGUUGCCGGAUACCUCAGAAAGCCUUGUUCUAUUUUCCAGAUUUAAAGAACAUUAGCUGUGCCUCAGAUCUUGAUGAUUAAGUCACACACUAAUCCAAAUAGUUCUCUUAGUUCUGAGUAUCAGCCAGUCUAUCCCAGAAACUGUAAUGGAACAUGAAUUUUCCUCAAGAUCUGCCUUGCCAUCCAUAUCAUCAUCACCAUUAUCACUAAUACCCUCCCUGGGCCAACUGUACUGCUAAGAACUUUAUAUGCAUUUUCUCGUUUCACCUUCACUCAAUGCAAUGAUGUAGGUCUUAUUUUAAUCCCCAUUUUAGAUAUGAGAAAACCUGGAUAUACAACUCAUCAACAACUUUUCCAAGGUCAUGGAGCUGAUAAAAUAUGGCUGACAUCUAGAAAAUUUAAACCCGAAUAUCCCACUCAGACAAACAAAUUCUCUGGGUAGCAUACCUUCUAGCCUUCACUGUGUAGAUAGAUUGAGUCUAAUGGUGCAUUUUCAUUUCAAGGAAUAGCAAGUGGGGCUUCCACAGUGCCAUGCUUUGGCCCAAGAGAGGGGGGCCUUGUGCUUUUAGAGGGCCCCACAUAUCACAAACACACACCAACAAUAAAUUUAUUGAGUGAUAUAUGGGUGCUUCAUUCACCAGGGGUCUGGUGCUCAGAGUUCACACAGCAUGGCUCAUGACUCCGAGCCUCCACUUGCAGGCUCCAAGGAAGCACUGAUCCCCGGUGUUGCAUUUGAGACAAGAUUGUAUUUGAAUGUUGUGAACAUAGACACUGCCUAAGAGCACGAAGACUUGAGGAGCAGAAAUAACUCAAGAAGAAAAGACAAAUUCAUUAACCUUUCAAAUCUUUCUUCUCAGCAUGAAUGCAAUAGAUUCUGGCACUAAUGAGCUAUUGUUUCCCAGAAGUGUUGAGCAUUUUUUCUUGAUUCUCGUCGUGUCCCAAUUUGUGGUUCUGAAGGUACUCAUGGCAUUCACAACAGUUGUACAUGGUGACAUAUCUGCAAUAUUAAAUAAUGCGUAUUCCUCAUAAAUUUGAGUAUCUGUUGAUCUAGGCAUAACACUUUUGAAAUCUAAUAUCCAUAACUUAAACUGGCAACUAGAUGGACAGUCUAUGUUAGUACUACAAAUUGUUCUAUUUUUGUAAAAUUAAUAAUAUUUAACGAACAUUUUAAAAUUUAAAUUAAAAAUGUUCACUUUAUUUUUAUCUAAAAUCUUGAUAUUCAUGAAUUAUAAUUUGUAUUUCUUUUUAAUUCAGGAGUUAUUGUUUAUUAUUUUUAAUAGUGGUAAAACACAGAACACAAAAUUUACCAUCUUAACAAUUUUUAAGUAUACAGUUCAGUGAUAUUAAGUACAUCCAUAUUUUUGUGCAACCAUCAUCACCAUCUAUCUCCAGAAUUCUUUUCAUCUUACAAAACUGAAACCCUGUACCAAUUAAAUAAUAAUAUCCUUUUACCCCAGGGCCCCCAGCCCCCGCAGCCACCCUUCAACUUUCUGUCUCUAUGAAUCUGGGUACUCCAGGUACCUUAUAUAAGUGAAAUCAUACGAUAUUUGUCCUGUGACUGGCAUUUUCACUUAGUGUAACAUCCUCAAGGUUCAUCCACAUUGUAGGAUGUGUCCGAAUUUCCUUACUUUUUAAGGCUGAAUAAUAUUACAUUGUAUGUUUAUACCACAUUGUGUUUAUCCAUCAAUGUUGACAGACAGUUGGGUUUUUUACACUUUGGAGCCAUUGUGAAUAAUACCACUAUGAACAUUAGUAUAUAAAUAUCUCUUCCAGAUUCUGCUUAAACCCAGAAGUGGAAUUUCUGGGUCACAUGGUAAUUCUAUUUUUUGUUUUUGUUUUUUUUAAUUAUGUUAUGUUAAUCACCAUACAUUACAUCAUUAGUUUUUGAUGUAGUGUUCCAUGAUUCACUGUUGGCGUAUAACACCCAGUGCUCCAUGCAGAACGUGCCCUCUUUAAUACCCAUCACCAGGCUAACCCAUCCCCCCACCCCCCUCCCCUCUACAACCUUCAGUUUAUUUCUCAGAGUCCGUAGUCUCUCAUGGUUUGUCUCCCCUUCCGAUUCCCCCCCCUUCAUUUUUCCCUUCCU